UUGUAUUGCUCCAAAUGCCAAAAAGAAAGUGCAAAUUUUUAGACACCUACACAGCUGAAUGGUCGUAUAUGAAAAAAGGAAAAACUGAUGACACUGCGUAUUGCUCGAUAUGUGGAUUUGACAUUAACAUUGCAAAUGGUGGAAAGUCAAGCAUUCAAGAUCAUGAAAAAAGUGCUAAACAUCUUUCAAAAAUAACAAUUGAUUCAUGUUCAAAAGAUAUUAGUUCUUUUAUGGUUAAGAAGAAUACACAACUUGAGCAUUUGAUAAAGGUUGCUGAAAUCACAAGCUCCUACAGAAUUGUAAAUCAUCAUCAAUCAUUCAGCUCAUUGGAUUGUACCACAAAACUGGGUGCCGUAUUAUAUCCAGAUUCAAAAAUCGCCGCAAAACAAUCGAACGCCAGAACAAAAGCAACAGCCAUCAUAAAGAAUGUUUUGGCACCACAUUCAGUUACGGAAUUCACUAAAAUACUAAAAGAUCAUGUUCCAUUCUUUUUAUUAUCUACCGAUUCGAGCAAUCACAAAGCGCAGAAAAUGUUCCCCCAGAUAAUUCAUUAUUUUACGGAGAAAGGGUUGGAAAUAAAAUUAUUAAAAAUACAGUCAUUGCCAAAUGAAACAUCCGAAACAAUAACAACAUACUGCAUCGAUGCACUAAAAACAGCUGAUAUUCCACUAAAAAAUCUUACGGCUUUUGGUGCAGACAACACAAACGCGAAUUUUGGGGGCAGACAAAGGAAUGGCGUAACUAACGUUUUUUACAAGAUGAAAUCCGAAUUGGGUCGAGAAAUAGAGGGCAUUGGUUGUUCUGCUCAUGUCCUCCACAACACUAUUUCACGUGCUACAGAUGUACUGUCAAUUGACAUUAAAUCUGUUGUUUUGAAGAUAUAUAAAUAUUUCUGCAUCUUCACGGUUAGAACUGAACGAUUGAAACAGUUUUGUGAAAACGCACAGGUAAUAUUUAACGAAAUACUCUCCCAUACAAGAAGUCGGUGGUUGUCACUUUCGCCUGCAAUAGAGCGUAUAUUACAGCUUUGGAUACCGCUCAAAGAAUUAUUUGAGGUUGAAAAAGGAGCAGCGAAAGUAAUUACUGACUUUUUUAAAAAUCCGUUAGCAGAACUAUAUUUCACAUUCAUACACAGCCAAGCAUUUGUAAUUGAGAAACAAAUAAAAAAAACGCGUCUCACUGUCAUGGAAAGUAUCUGAAAUCAUUAUGGUACAAAAACCUGGCAAAAGUGCACAUGAAGCCUCGUCAUAUCGUCCAAUUUCACUAUUGCCUAUCUUGUCAUCGAAUAACGAGCAUAAUUGAAGAUGCGAUGGAAAAAAAGCACAAUUGCACAGCUGUUUUCCUUGACGUAUCGCAGGCGUUCGAUAGAGUAUGGCACCAUGGCUUACUUCUUAAAUUAAGACUUCACUUUCCACAGUAUCUAACCGAUCAAGCAGGGACAAUCAUAUACUACGUUACAGCCGAUAAAAACAGGUGUACCUCAAGGAAGUGUCCUGGGUCCACUCUUAUACAUUUUAUUUACUAGCGACAUGCCUACGCCACCAAACUACGCAAUCGCCACAUUUUCAGACGAUAUCUGCAUCAUUACGACCGGCAAAAAUGAAGUUGAGUCGUGACACAGAAUGCAAUCUUCAUUAAAUCAAAUUGUAGAAUGGACACGGAAAUGGUACAUUACUUUAAACGAGUUGAAGUCUAUCCAUAUAAACUCCACUAACAAAAGUGCUACUUACAUCCCCUCACAUAUUGGAAAUGAAGUAAUCCCGUAUUCCACCUCAGUGAAAUAUCUUGGUAUGACGUUGGGUACAAAAUUAAGGUGGAGGGAGCAUAUACAAAGGACAGUUGCAGAACUAAAACUAAAAUAUAACAAAAUAAAUUGGAUAAUCGGCAAAAAACCACCAUUAACUCCCUCAAAUAAAAUCCUAGUCUACAACCAAACGUUAAAGCCCAUUUGGACAUACGGAAUUCAACUAUGGGGAUGCGCUGCACCGUUAUACAUCGAAGCGGUGCAAAGAUUCCAAAACAAAGUUCUGCGAAAAAUUAUAAAUGCCCCGUGGUACAUACGCAAUUCAGAUCUACACCGUGAUCUCCGCCUAAAAAUGGUUCGGGAAGUCAUUCACGAAACGGCAUCGAAACAUGAUACAAGGUUACAAAAUCACGUAAACGCUGAAGCCCGGCAACUGGGAGAAACCAAAAAUAGCAGGCGCAGAUUGAAAAGAACUACGUUUCAUGAUUUAUUGCGAAUCUAAUGAAAUAACAAAUAUCAUUAUAUUUAGUUGUUACAUUUAGUUUAAAAAAGAAAAGCUUGUUAGUACAGUUUUUGUUUUACUUUAUAC